UUUUUUGGCUUGGUCCCCCAUCCGUCUUCGACUCCUGCAGCAACAUUUUGUUCUGGACCUGCAGGGUGCAUCGGGGGGGCCUCUGGGCGCCGAGUCCCGCGCUCGGCAUGGCUCCCAAGAAGAGCCCCAUGAAGCAAGCCGCCGCUCCCCAGCGGGUUGUUGGCGCCAAGGCCAAGGCGAUGCCGAAGCCAGCGUCCGCCCACAAAACUACGGUCGACCCUGCCCCGCCUUCGACACCCCAGCACGACAAGGUGGCGCGCGCUGAGAGCAGGGUGCUGAGCCAGCGCAGCAAGGAACGGGACUUGGAGGAGAAGGCGUCCAGGGCUAUCGAGGGGAAGUUCAGCAGCUACGAUCAGAUCAUCAUUCGCACGCGGCGCCGGGCCGACAGACUCACGCUGCAGACGGUGGUUGAGAAUGAGCUCUCGCGGCUCCAAGGCACCAGCAAAUACAUCAGCACGGAGUUUUGGAAAAAGAUGCAUGAUGAUUUUGAUUUGACCAGCCCGAUGUUCAGCAACCUGCCUCUCCCGACGGAGGACGCGGAUCCUGAGCAGGACUUGAUUGAUGCCUUGGCUCUGGCUCAUGACAGGUCGAAAGGUUCGAGGAGCAGCGAAGCCUUAGAGAGCUACCUUCGCCAUUCGAAGGCCUUGGAUCGCACGACGUUGCUUGUGUUACUGGGGGAGUCCCGAGAGGGCGUGGUCGUCCGCCGUGCCCAGAGCCGGGCGAUGUGCUUAGCGAUCUUGGGGCAUAUUGGUUCGAACUCGUUGGAUUCGCAGUUCCAGGACGCGUGGGGUGCCAUCAAGGAGACCAUGGAGGCGAUUCUCGUGGAGGCCAUCCGCGACAUGUUCGCGAAGGGUUACCAGCGGCAGUACGUCUUGAGGGCCUUCGAUGAUCACGCGCGGCUCUUCUGCGACGAAGGUUCCAUGGAGCGCGCGGAGGUGGCCCUGGAGGCGGCGCGGGCGAUUGCCCGCGAGGACGUGCAAGAACUCUUGGGCACGAAAAUCGGGAUUGAACUUUACAGGGCUGAGGCUGGCGACAUGAAGUACGACCUCUUCACGGCCAAUUGCGAGAGCAUGCUGGACGAGCUGGAGCACAACGACUACGCUGACACGGAGCUGGAAGGGUUCAAGAACCUCAUGGAUGCGGAGAUGCGGGACCUGGCGGUUUUCGGCUUCAAGACGUACCAGAAGAAGGAGUGCAAUCACGAGUUCCUGAUGGAGCGCUGCAAGGUCACGCUGGCGUCCCUGCGAGACGACUUCUGGUUCCGGCUGAUUGCUCGUGUCAAAAGCAUCGCUGUGAACAUUUUGGAGCUCCCGAGGCUCCCGCGGGAAGAGGUUCUUUGGGGGGGUGAGGGCCGAAUCCCCGGCGUGCCUGAGACGGUGAAGGUCCCGAUGCAGGUGUUGAAGAAAAACAAGAACGCUAGGGGGGCCCUCAUCUCGCUCAUGCCCCGCUCCGUCGCGCUGACUUUCGCCGAAAUGAGGGAUUCGGUGGCGAAGCACAAGGCGGAGUGCAUCCGCAUGUGCCCGGAUUUCGUCCACGAGGUCUCGUUUGCCAUGCAGCACGCAGAGGCUGUCGGCGAGCGCAUCUUUUCGGAGGGUGCGUUGGGGUUGAUGCCGAGCGAGCAGAGCCCCAAAGACCUCGCGGGCCUCGAGGGUGCGAUCGGGCAGCUGAGGCAGGAUUGCAAGGGCCGGCUCUGCCUCGCGCUCUCGAAGACCUUUCGAGAGGAGGUCACAGGCGCAGUGGAUUUCCUGACCAUGAUCCUCGACGGCGAGGGCCCGGGCGACAUCGCGCCCAUGUCCAGCCCCUUGCUUUCCCAGGUGGCGGACCGCGCGAAAUUCUUCUACGCGGUGCCAGCGGUCCAGAAGGGCCCCAGCUUAUUCAAGAAGAAGGAUCUUGUCGGUCGGGACGCUUGCCAGCAGGAUUGGGCCGACUUCCAGAAACUCGUCGCCGAUGGCGGAGACAUCGGCGCCGUCGCCCAUCGCCUUCGUAGUUUUAAGUGGCUGCUCACCCCUGCUGAGCAGGAGCAACUCAACAGCAGCAUCAAGGACCGCGUCAAACGUAGGAGUUCUGAGCUGAUGUCGUGCAAGGCUAUUCAGGACGGGGAUGCCGGGAGCGGCCCUCCCUCUAAGAAAGGGAGGGCCGCGGGCUCGAAGGCCCCGAGCGGGUCAGAGGCUAAACUGGUCACGGCGUCCCUGGCGCCUGCAGGCAAGAAGGCUGCUUGGACCCCUAGUUUAGGCAGCGGCGCUUCUAAGAAGGAGGUCGAGGCCGUCCAGGGCUCGAACGAUGCCUACAAGAGCAAGCUUAAGGCUCUUUUCAAAAAGAAGGCGGUGUAAAGGCCAAGUUGGG